GCCUACCUGCGUAUGUGGCUGUUUCUUCGAGAGGAUCAGAAUUGAUAGCUCGCUCUAGAACUUUAUAUUCUAAAUCUUAGAUGCAUAUAAUGAAUAUUUAGUAAAAUGUUGUCAAUAGUAUUUUGCAAUUAAAUUUAUUCAUUUAUUGAAUUGAAUUACAGCUCCCGUUAAUCUUGAAGAAGUUAAAGCGAAGUUUACAUUACUACAUUACUUGCUUAUGCCUGGCACAAACGUUAACCACGUCUUGUCAAAAUUCGCGCACCAACACAAUUUGUUUUUUAGUCAAUCGGAAGUCUGGUAGUACCUAUAGUUGUCCAUUGUCAUGAUUAAUAUGUCAUCGGCUUCAUCGCAAGAAAACUGUCAAUUUCAUCUAACUGUCAAGUUCAAAUAACUCAAGUCGUCCGCCUCGUUCGUCUCGCUCGUUCGUUUGUUCCUUUCGUCCACCAGCCAGUUAGUUUUGGAGAAUCAUGCAUUUUAAACGUGAAAACCGUAUUUUUUAUUGAAUUAUUAUGCAACGAUAUUCUUUUGUCUUUAUUAUCAUAACAUUAAUUAACCCGUUAUCUUAAAUAUUCUAAUAAAUUAUUAAAAUCUGCUUCUAUACAUUUAGUUUUAUGAAUGCUUUUAUGUCAUUAUGAGCAUUUUUAGCACAUUUUUCGUAGGAAUAAGGAGGGUAAAUCGUGGUUACUUUAUAAAAUCUAAUAAAUGUGUACUUUUAAGACGAGAAUACUCAACGCGGGAAUUGUUGAAAGAAGCUUACUGCCGCACGAAGUUAAAAUGUAGAUCCAAAAAACUACCCCAAGAUGUUAAUCCAAAAGGUGUCUUUGCCUGCAAUGAGUUGAACCUCUCAGAAGUUAAGGUAUAUGGAUUUGACUAUGAUUAUACCUUGGCUCACUACAAGCCUACCCUGGAACAUUUACUUUACAACCUAGGUAGAGAGGUUCUGUUGGAAAAAUAUAAGUACCCACCGGAAAUUUUGGACUUGGAAUACAAGCCCAACUUUGCAGUGAGAGGGCUGCAUUAUGAUAUUGAGAAAGGACUACUACUGAAACUGGACUCAUUUUUACAAAUUCAGUUUGGAGCAGUUUACAGAGGACUCACACCAGUGUCCACUGAAGAAGUGCUAAAAAUGUAUAAAAACAGAAUAAUACCGAUAGCUUAUGUUGAGGGUGAUAUAAGAGCACAUAAAGCUAAUCGAGCAAAGAUGGUACAUUUGGCAGAUUUAUUCUCUGUGCCAGAAAUGGGAUUAUUGUGUAAUGUAGCAGAGUAUUUUAUUAGAAAUCAUAUUGAUUACCACCCUGAAAUUCUAUUUUUGGAUGUUAAGAACUCUGUACAAAGUUGUCACCUGCUGAUGCAUAAGAUAGUGGCACAAAACGUCGAAGAAUACAUAAGGCCCAAUCCAGACUUGAGAAAGUACUUUCAAAUGCUUCAGAAUAGUGAUAAAAAGUUGUUCCUAGUAACAAAUAGCCCUUUCCAUUUUGUUAAUGCCGGUAUGGAGAUGUUAGUGGGACAAGAUUGGCGAGAUUUUUUUGACGUGGUUAUAGUUAAUGCGAAUAAACCGAAGUUUUUCGCCGAAGUUUCUAGACCGAUUCGAGUUUUUGACAAAAAUGCCAAUACACACAUAUGGGAAAAGGUCACGUCGCUCGAUAAAGGAAUUAUUUAUUAUGAGGGCACAGUGAGACAGUUGCAAGAUCUGACGGGGUGGAGCGGGCACCAGGUGCUGUACUUCGGGGAUCACCCCUACAGCGACCUCGCCGACGUCAGCCUCGAGCACGGCUGGCGCACCGGCGCCAUCAUCAACGAGCUCACGCACGAGAUCAACACGUUGAACAUGCAAUCGUUCAAAGAGAACGCGAACUGGCUGCAGAUGCUGACGCAGCUGAUAGAGGACCACCAGGACUAUAAGGAUCCGGAAGCUGUCCAAGUGCUCAAUGAGUGGAUGGCCGAGAGAGACAUGCUCAGGAAUUAUAUCGAUUCCAGGAAUAACACCAAGGCAGUGUUUAACCCUCAGUUCGGCAGUGUAUUCCGGACUUACCACAACCCUACCUACUUCUCUCGGCGACUCUUUAGAUUUGCCGAUAUCUACACCUCAAAUAUAACUAAUUUACUUAAUUAUUCACUCACACAUACGUUUUAUCCUCGACGUGGAGUCAUGCCACACGAAUAUGGCUCAUAUUUUGUUUAGUUUUAGGACACAACUGGGUUUACCGGUAAGCAAAAAUGAAUAUCCUUUUGUUGAGACUAUCAAGAAGCUGCUUUUGUGUAAUUAGUUUCUUAAUUCUUUUUGUAUUUUUAGACAAUAUUUUCAAUCAUUUUUUAUUUAUAUAAACUGUUUGUAAAUAAAAUGUUUAUUUGCUGACAAUUAUUAACUAAAUGAUCUACAAAUUAUUUUACAAAUGUUUUGCUAAUAUAGAUCGGGUUAUUGUGUUCUUUGUUUAGAAAUGAGAUCAUGUUAGAAUAUAAGUAUUCAGCCAACUAUAUUCUAGUCAAAAGUAUUUAAUACUGUCUCGUAAACGUUAAGUUUGUUAAUUUUGUAGUAGUAGUUGUACCAUAUAUUUUGACUCAAUUAAUCCUAUAUUUAUAUUCUAAUUUAUUAUGUUGAAAUAUUUUUAAACAAAUCUGUUAUUUAUAUUGGAAGGGUUUUUCGAAAUUCCACUAAAACAUAUACAACCUAUUAGAAAAAAAUUAUGUAAACUUAGUAUUAGUCGUAAAAAACAUAUCUUUUUUGUCAAUUUGUAACCCGUUCAACGAAUACGUAUUGAAUGGGGGCUAACGCCAGCGAAUUCUCCGAAUUUUUCACGUGCGCAGGAAAUGAGCACUGUUGUGCUCAAUGCAAACGUUAAAAUUUUCCUUGCCGCUUGACCAGUCCAAGAUGGUCAAUUGCUGCUCUAGUGUAAUUCAUAGUAUCUUUCUAAAGCUUGACAUUUAAAAAUCAUCUUUUGGCAAAAUGUCGGAGCCUUAAAAUUAAAAGAAGUGAAUUAUUUGCGUCAGCGUAGAAUUGUGGCAAAUUUUCUGACGUUAGCCUCCAUUAUAAGAUUAAUUUUACUUUGAAAUAACUAGAUCUAAAUGUGAAACUAUUUGAGAUUCGGGGAUGUUUAAUGGUGAAGUUUGUAUUAUAAGUGUAGUGAAAUAAAUUCGUUGUAUAUUUUGACUUAGAAACUCGGUAUCUGGUUUUCAAAAUUCAUUAAUGCAUUGUGACCACUCAUUUACGCUUUCUAUAAUUGUUAUAUUACAUUCGACAGAUCCGACUACCAACGACUGUUUUUCGAUAGAUUCAGUAUUUUCGGAAGCAUUUUACUAUACAACUAUUCAACUAUUAAAAUAACUGUAAAAUAAAUGAACAUGUAACUAAUGUUCUAGCUACUAUAGGUGUUAAUCAUAGUCAUUUGUAUACGUAGUUUAAUUAUAUCAAUAGUUGGUUUACAUAAUAACUAUACUCCGGGAAAUUGUGUGGCCAUUGUAGUAGCGUGAGCUCUAUACUAAGGUUAGAUACCUCAUUUAAGUACGUAGAUAAAUUACAGUAACAUAAUAGACGAAAGGUAUCCAAUUCACCGUUGAUUUGCUGAAAACCACUAUUGUGUUAUUCUUUACAUAUAUACGAAAAAACAGCAUCUGAACCAAAUGUGUACAUUACUAAAUUAAGAAAAAAUAAUAAACAAACAAAUGCAUCUUUUUCUUAUGAAAAUAUAUUAUGACAACCUGUAGUUACCCACUGCCUAUGUACCUAAUUCAAACUAUUCAAGAGUUCCUUAGAUAUAAUGUUUAAGAAAACUUCGAUGAAUCCCAUUUAUUUAAGUUGUUAUGUCCUUGAUAUUUAGAUAACAAAUUUGUAUCCUCAAUUGAGUCAUCAACUAGACAAUAAAUCAUUAAAAUUAUCAUCAAAACUGAGAAUUGUGUUAUCUUUAUCACAUCACGGACGAAUAUUCGAAUAUCCAGUUAUACGUAUUGUACUGUUUUCUAUAAAAAUAUAGUCUUGAAAAUAUC